GCUCCUAGGGCUCUCGAGAGUUGUAGAGAGCACCAUGGCAGCCAGAGGAAACUUCCCACAGAGAGAAGAUCAAAGCUUCGAAAGGGAAAGCUUGUGCUGGAAAGGAAAAGGUAAGAUGUUUCUCUAUUAAUUUGUUGUAUAAUUUCUUAUACAAAGCAAAGGAAAAUCCCUAUCUUAAAUAGGGUUUCCGAAAACCUAAAGGCAGAAAGGGGGAAAGCCAAGAGGAAACAAAUUACUGCUUCUAAGCAUUAAUCCCUAACUAUCAAAACGACUCAACAACCUCCCUUCAAGCUGGAUAGUGUAUAUUUACCAAUUCGAGCUUGGAGACGAUUGAUCUGUUUUGAACACAAUGAGGGGACUUGGUGAAGAUGUCAACAAGUUGUUCCUUUGAGCGAAUGCAGAGCAGAUGAAGAAAGUUAGCUUGGAUCUUUUCACAAACGAUGUGGUAGUCAAGGAUGAGACGAUGGUACUGCAUGAUGGAUCAUCAAGCAAUAAUCUGAAUUCAGGUGAUCCAAUUAGGAACAGAAAUGAGGGUAAUCUAGGCUGGUACAAAACGGAGGAGGAAGACACAAAACAUAGUCACGGGUCUGGGAAAUGGAUGUCUUCAAAGAUGAGGCUAAUGAAGAAAAUAACGAGUCCAACCUCUGACAGAUUCAACCCUCGUAAUAACACCACUAGGGUUUGUUCCGACUGUAACACGACCACUACCCCACUUUGGAGGAGUGGCCCUAAGGGUCCCAAGUCGCUCUGCAAUGCCUGUGGAAUUAGACAGAGAAAAGCAAGAAGGGCAAUGGCUGAAGCUUCUUCAAAUCCAAUAAACUCAGUGUGUGCAAAGACAAGAGUGUACAACAAGGAGAAGAACAAGUACAAGAACAAGUACAAAUCCACUACUACUACUACUGCUUCUUCUGCAGGUUCAUCUGAAGGGGUGAGAAAGAUUGAAUGUUUCAAAGACUUUGCCAUAAGCUUGAGCAGUAAAAAGUCUUGUUUCCAACAAGUGUUUCCACGAGAUGAAGUAGCUGAGGCAGCGAUGCUUCUGAUGGAGUUAUCUUGUGGUUUUCUCCACUCAUAAUUAACUAUGUCUAUAUCUAGUUAGAUAUUUUUGGCAUUUGCUUUUGUUUUUUUACUUUUAUAUAGAAGCAUCUCGUAAUUAUUUUUGUCUGGUUCUGACUUUUGAGCUGUGAAAUCGAGCUGGUGUAUUUGCAGCAGAACCAAAACAUUGUCGGCUUGGUGUUAGUGAUAUGAUACAGUACUACUGUACCAAGAUUUUUUCUCUCAGUAUCGUGGUAAUCCUUGUUGUAUGUGGUGCGAAUUGUCCAUGAUGGAGACUAAGUGAGCUGAGUUACAGUCGAAUCGUGGCGUUUGGACUGUUACACUUUUAAGUAAAAAGAGUUGUGCCUUGA